AUGGACAUACCGAGCCCGAACUCUCUCUUAGAUGCCGAAGGGAAUGUUGAUUCAAGAUUUGGGGGCACACUCUUUGAGUAUAGUACCGCGGAGACACAAGCAGCAGAUUUCUUGUGUGCAUUGGGGAUUGUCAACGUGAGACAAGCCGAUGACAGUGCUAGCUCGACUAUGGAACUAUAUCUCCCAGAGCAUACUGCAGUAUCCAAUGCUUUGCAAAUGGAAGAACAUGAGGAUCAAGCUAUGAUUCCAGCUCCAGAGCCCACAGGGUCGGAAGCAAGCCGUACAAAAGCCGAUCAAGCGACCGUAGCACCUGCGGUGUCUGAACCGAGUCUAGCAGAAGCUGCCAUAAUCUUAACCUCCGAGCAGGAGCCUGAAUCGAUAGAGGACAUUCAGCAGACAACAGAGGAACUUGUGCAGCUUCCAAAAUCCCCCCGCCGAUUCAUAUCCGCGGCAGAGCCGGAAGGCGAUGAGAACGUCGUAGAAACCGUCAUCCAGGUGAUUAUGCUUGGCGUCGGUCCCCGCGCCGAUAGCACGCCAAUCGGAGUCGACAAAUCCAUUGACAGUUUUGAUGACGUUAUUGCGUCUGCGGAUUCAACCGAGUGCCGUGUGGAGGCGGGAAUGGCUUCUACAAUACCAUACACUGCUUCACACUACCGAGAAGCAAGCCGUGGCAGGCAAAGUGUGACGCAGGAAAGCUCGGACCAGCCUAUUUCGAUCUAUGAAGCCGAUGAGCCUGCUGAAUUCAUCAUCGUUGAUGACAAUAGCGGUCAAGCCAUUGUUAUCGACAGUUCUGACGACGAAAUUGGCUUGGACGAUGACGAUUCCGGUCAGAGCCCCCGACGUCGGGCGCAGCGAAAGCGGUCAACACCACAGUCACCAGAGAUGGUAAAUUGGGCGUCUAAAGAGUAUAAGACAAGGAGCGCAGCGAGCCUUACAGCGGCAUGGGAGAACAUGUGGGAGCAAUGGGAACAAAUCCGUGCGAAGCCUGGCCGGCGGCUUGCCCAGACGUUGUAUCGAAUCCACGAGAAAAUGUUUAAGACGUGGGGCUAUGAAUUGUGGAACAAGAACUAUCGUAAGCAUGAUGGCCGUAGGCUUUGCCAUUUAUGGGAAAAGCAUGGAGUGGAAAGGAAGGCAAUGAGACAGCUCACUAGGAAGAGAGACAGCGAACUCGUGCGCAAGUUGGGAAGGGCUUUAAGGCGGCUACAAGAAGCGGAGGAAGAACAUCUGAGUAUUUCAGUUGCCAUGAAAGAUGGGGAGGGUGAGGAUUGUGAUUACGUGCCAACCAAGGCACGCCGUUUACGAUCUACAUCACUGUUGCAUUAA